UAUCGUCACUCUCGGCAUAUUUUUCGGUGUCCUUCCUCGCCCAACAGGACGCAAUAGGGUAUCAAUUUACUGAAACGAGAUCCCUAACGUCAUACGUGUUUGGGGUACGCACGUCUUCACGUUGCUGAAACUCGCCGGCUCGUGACCUUAGAAUCAUCGAAUAUUUUAUCGAUUUGACUUGGUCAAGCUCUAUUUUGUUUUCUCAACGAGGACUCUCACAAACGGAGUAUGUCACAGGACCCCGAAGCCCGAGUUUCGGUACCCAAAGUUCGCUUUAAGUCCGUGAAACUCAAGCUUCAAUUAGUCCAGUAUUACGUGGUACUGGGAUUGUUGGUAGUGGUUGCGUCGCUCCCGACUGGAUUUUUUAUUCUUCAUCGAGGCCAUGCGCCCCACUCACAACCACAAAAUGGCUCCAAGCCUAGUGAGGGAGUACCACUUGUAUUCGAGUUCUUACCUACGGAUAGCGCAAGCGAUAAAACCGAAGCUAACACAACACAACCAGUUCCCAUUCCCUUGUGUAACCAGCCCCUAGUACCAGAUCGCUUCAACAUCUGCCGUCUGCCGUGUGAUUGGAGCUCUAUGUCACUGCUGACCUAUCGCAUGUACUACGGGCUCAUGGUUGUUGGCUUCUGGUUGGCUGUUUUCGCUGCCAUUUUUACUAUCAUCACGUGGUCUAAAAUUCCAUCAUUGCGAAAGUUCCCUCACAAUCUGCGCUUUUAUCUGAUAGUAUGUUGUAUCGUAUUAGCUUGCUGUAAGAUGCUUCCUUUGCGUAUCGGGCUGAAAAAGAUUUUCUGUGACAAGAUUGAGUACUGGUCGUCAACUGGAAACUCUUCGCCAUAUAUAACUAUUCAAGGGGUUUUUUGUCACUAUUUCUCCCUCGCCACGUGCAUGUGGGCCGUGUGUUUUGUCGCCAACACCUACGCGGUGGUUGUCAAGGACAACCGAAAACUAUUUGACCGCCCGACACUUCUUCACUUUGCCCAGUCUCUCGCAUGUUGGCUCGUGCCCGCUAUCAUUAUAGCCUGCGGUUACUAUUCUAAGUACCCCGAUCCAUUGUAUACGAUAGCGUUCAUUGACUGGAUGGGCGCAAUGCCUUCUGGGAACACCACGGCCUACGUUUCGCUCACGCUGCCGAUGCAGAUCACGCUGGGCGUGUCCUUGUGUUUACUGUGGAACAUCACGUGGUACAUCCGAAGGGCUCGGCUGGAUAACACGCGCCACACGAUCCGUGCAGACGAGGACACUAAAUCAAUGUUGCGAAUCGAGCGUCAGUUCAGGAGUAUGGCGGCGGUGCUGAUGGUGGUACUUGGUGUAGGAUUAUCCAUUACUACAUUCAUCACAUACCACAUGGACAAUAUCAUGCACAGCGCCGAGGAGUUUAUCUAUUGCCUUAAGAACUACUCCCAGUGUCAGCCAGUUGACUUGUGGGUACCCUUGUUCGUCGCUACCAUGCUAGCUCCCAGCAUCCUUUGCAUCGUCUUCUUCUUUCUUCUCUUUAUGAACAGAGACUGCCGUCAGAUUUGGACCUCGUGUUUUCAGCGCGUUGCUCGGGUCACUACCGUCUGUCGACCCGUAGCAAAAGCAUCCGAGGAAAUCACGAAAUCCCGGUGCUCCUCCACCCUUACGAUCCUGUCCGAGAGGCGCAUGUCCGACUUCGCACUGCGUGACCUUGUGCGGCGCGAGAAACCACGCUCGUCUUCGGCACUUUGCGUGCACUCUUUAACACCCAACACCAGGCGUCUACUGUCGCCUCUAACUCGAGAUUCACGCCCUCGCAGCUCCUCUACACCUUCCCCCCAUUUCCCAGUAUCGGUCACUAAUAUGGAGGUCAACGGGUCCACUUUGUCGCGUGCUGAAGAAUCAAAGCGUUUCACCAUUGAGGUCCAUUUGAUAGAUGACAUUACUAGGCAUCGUGCAGAUGACGUUCGACGUGAUUGGUCAGGUUCCGACCAAGUGAACACUGAUGGCAGUAUAAUGAAAGGGGUGGACUCUAGUAACGUCACAGCUACCACAAUUCCUAAGAAUGUAACUGAUUCAAACACAGAAGAUCUUAUUGAAGAGACUAAAGGCUACGUUGAUACGGAUUCAAGAACUGUCGACAAAGCUGAUGACAUUAGAGAAACAAGACCAAAUGGACAAAUAAGGUAUAAUGAACUCAGCCGCGCAUAUUCUAUCAAUACGAGACUAUAAAAUAAGAAUCAAUUUGUCUGUCUAUAUCGAGGUUCCGCUAUGAAGGGAGUCACCUCGUCCUUAUUCUUCUUAUCUUGUAAAUGUAUUAGAUAAUUGCUUAAAUUUGCAUGUCCUUGUAAUGUUGUGACGAGUUUGAGGAUUCAUUAUACUACACAUCGCGAGGUGACCAAAAGACUAAAGAAAUACUCUAAAACUAUUUCGCAGCUCCUCCCAACUUGUAUAUAUGGAAUAUAUGGUGUUUAACAGCACAGAGGAGGAACAGAGGAAUUACGAUACUGGAUUUUACGGUAACCUCGAUUUUACGAUGGCAUUCCUUUCUCCUGGGGUAAAUACAGUGAAAUGUACAAGAAAUUACCUCGACCUUAAGAUAUUGGUUACAACGAUAUUCUUGAUUUUACGAUACAUUUUCUAUAGCCAGAGGCAUAUCGUAAAAUCCCGGUUGCAUUGUACCAUAUUUGACCAAAGGGAAAGAGAGAACUUCCUCUUGCGAUUCAAAAACAUUAUAAUAUUUUACAUAUUGAUUAAAUCACUGAUUAUAGAG